GAGAAUCAUCCGACUCUUCCUGUGAAUCGAGCGACGGCUGAACGAAGACUGGACAACACGAUCAAAAAGCUGCAACAAGAUGGUUUAUACCGGGCUUACGACGACGUUUUUCAAGACUGGUUGAACGAAGGAAUAAUAGAGGAAGUUCCUGUCGAUGAGAUUGAGGAUUAUGGACAUUAUCUGCCUCACAGACACGUCAUUAAGGAGAAUAGCACGACUCGAAUUCGCCCCGUUUUCGAUGCAUCGUCAAGAGAGAGAAGUGGUCCCUCUUUAAAUCAGUGUCUGGAGACAGGUCCUAAUUUCAUCGAGUUAAUACCCGAGUUACUACUACGAUUCAGGCAACGGAAAUUUGGAGUGAUAGCAGACAUCCGAAGGGCGUUCCUUCAGAUCAGUGUCUCGAAGCAGGAUCGAGAUGUCAUGAGAUUUUUAUGGAAGAGACAGCCUGGAGACAAGGACUACGUAGUCUAUCGACACUGCCGAGUCGUAUUUGGUGUUUCAAGCAGUCCUUUUUUGCUGGGAGCUACUAUCGAUCUUCACCUGGAGAACGUUGCUCGGGACUUACCACAAGAAGAGGUCGGCCUAGUGCGGGAUCUUGCAAAAUCCUUCUACGUCGACAAUUGCAUAACUAGUCUCGCAACGAUUGAAGAAAUGAAGAAUUUCGAGGACAAAGCAACUUUCUACAUGAGCAGAGGAGGUUUCGACCUUCGAGGGUGGGAGUAUGCUGGUGAAACAAACCCCUCGAGAGAAGCUCCAGUUUUGGGUCUUAUCUGGGACAAGGAUAAAGACGUGAUGAAGAUUUCCAGUCACAGCUUGCAGCCGAAGAUUCCGAGUGAAACUACCAAAAGGAAAAUUUUAGCGGCCUCGCAGAAGGUAUUCGACCCCAUUGGUAUGGUCUGUCCAGUGUUACUUUGUCCGAAGUUAAUUUUGCAGGCACUAUGGACUACGAAUAAAGGCUGGGACGAGCUGGUCGACGAAACGACAAGCGUAGCGUUUCUGAAGUGGCUACGAGACUUGGAGAAUCUUCGCGAAGUCAAAAUUCCUCGAUGGGCCUUUGGAGAGUGUGGCGAUUCCCUAUCGCUUCAUUUAUUUGUCGACGCUAGCCAAGUUGCCUACGCCGCUGUUAUUUUUGCAAGAGUGGUCCGUUGCCAGGGAAUUGAGGUUCGUUUCGUUCAGGCCAAAUCCAGACUCGCCCCUUUAGGAAAACCGACCGUUCCACGGCUGGAACUGAUGGGCGUUGCUAUAGGAGCCCGCCUGUUGCAUACCACCAUCAAGACCUUGAAUCGUCCCGAGCUUAGAGUUUAUUGUUGGACGGAUUCCUCUACGGUGCUUGCAUGGAUCAAAAGAGAGAAUCAAUGGGCAUCCUUUGUCUGGAGACGAGUACAAGAAAUUAG